ACCAAUUCCUUUCACAUUCCGAAAAUAAACACUUCAUUAUUUACUACUAACUCCUCUUGAUCGAUCGCAAAUGGAGAAAAUAAGAGAUUUGUCGUCGAAGAAAGCAGCAGUAAUAUUCACAAAGAGCUCAUGUUGCAUGUGCCAUAGCAUCAAGACGCUAUUCUACGAACUAGGAGCAAGUCCUGCGAUCCACGAGCUCGAUAAAGACCCCGAAGGCCGUGAAAUGGAGCGGGCCCUGCGUGCGCUUGGCUCAUCAAAUCCGGCGGUUCCAGCUAUUUUUGUCGGAGGAAGGUACAUCGGAUCAGCCAAAGACAUCAUCUCGCUCCACGUCGACGGGUCGCUCAAACAGAUGCUUAAAGACGCUAAAGCCAUAUGGUUAUAGCGUUCCAACCAUUGCACAUGUAUGUAUAUAUGCAUAUAUGUAUAUAUAUACAUAUAACGUCAAUAAUCAAUGUGUUAAAAACACAUACUAUACAUAUAUAGAUCAUUCGUGAGGAAGCAUAGAUGUAUUCAAAUGUUUUGCUCCCUUAAUUCGCAUGGAUGUGAUUUUAUAAUUAUAUGUAAUUAUGUAUCUUCUUGACUUGCAUUGUACGGAAGAAAAGACAAGUGUACCUUUAAGCAACUGUGUAACACUGGUGUUUGUUAA